GAUCAUGUUCUCAGUUUUCGGAUAAAAUGAGGAAAGAACAACGAGAUUUCCCGUGUCGGACUUGCUUGGAUUGAGGAGAUUGUUAAAGGGUCGAACCACAUUGCUCAAUCAAGUGACAGGGUCUGCCUUUGGUGUUUCUUGCUUGCUGAACCUACAACUCCUCUGUACCUCUAUAGUUAUGGCAGUUGCUCAGUUCACCAAUGCACCUCGCUGGGGUGUGGCCGGCAAGGAGAGGGAGAGAAGGCCGUUUGUGAAUUUGAGCCGCGAAUUGCCCUUCAACAGAUCAGAAGUCGCUCAAGCCGGUGGCCAUUCCUUGGUGAACAAGAGGAGAUUAUCGAGCUUCCGUGGCGUUUCCAGGCGUUGCCGGUCGAUCAGCGAUCAGCAAGCAUUGGAUUUUGAAUUGCAUACAGAUACUUAUCUUGAAGAUAUCUCGGCGUCAACCAAUGGAAGUGCACUGCAUGAUGAGUUGACACAACAUUCAACAGACUCCCAAAAUCUCCAGACUGAGCUGAUAAUGCUCUCUUUACCGGCAAUUGCUGGACAAGCAAUUGAGCCUUUAGCGCAAUUGAUGGAAACAGCUUACAUCGGUAGACUUGGACCUCUGGAGUUAGCGUCAGCAGGCGUUUCUAUGUCGAUCUUCAACAUCGUGUCUAAGGUUUUUAAUAUUCCUCUCUUAAGCGUCGCAACUUCAUUCGUGGCUGAAGACAUUUCUAGGAGUGCAGGCGACAAUUCAGCUCCAGGUGGUCAGCAUCAAAACGCAGCAUAUGAAAGAAAGGUGCUGCCUUCAGUAUCUACUGCCUUAUUGUUAGCAGUAGCAAUUGGUGUCUUUGAGGCACUGGCUUUGUACUUCGGCUCAGGAUUGUUUCUCGACGUGAUGGGCAUAUCAUCAGGUUCUUCUAUGCGCGUACAAGCGGAAAACUUUCUCAAAUUAAGAGCUAUCGGUGCUCCGGCUGUCGUCGUGUAUUUGGCCGUUCAGGGCAUAUUUCGUGGCUUCAAGGAUACAAAAACACCCGUUCUGUCUCUAGGUUUAGGCAACUUCUCUGCUGUAUUCUUCUUUCCACUGUUGAUGUACUAUUUCCGCUUCGGCGUGACUGGUGCUGCCAUUUCUACAGUUUUGUCUCAAUACAUUGUUGCCUUUCUUAUGGUUUGGCAUCUUAACAAGAGGACUGUCUUGUCACUUCCCAAUGCACACAAUUUGCAUUUUGGCGACUAUCUGAAAUCUGGUGGCUUUCUUCUAGGGAGAACUAUGGCUGCUGUGAUGACCAUAACUUUGAGCACAUCUAUGGCUGCUCGUCAGGGCGCAUUAGCCAUGGCUGCACAUCAGAUUUGCUUGCAAGUCUGGUUGUCCGUUUCCCUCCUUGUCGAUGCGCAAGCAGCAGCAGGCCAGGCUAUGAUUGCGAGUUCAUUUGCAAAAGGUGACUAUACCGCUGUAAAGAAAAUCGCAUUCUUGGCUCUUAAGACAGGACUAAUUACCGGUGUGUCCCUAGCUCUGUUGUUGGGACUGUCAUUUAAUUCUUUGGCAACUUUGUUCACCAAGGACGCACAAGUACUAAAAAUUGUUGGAUCAGGCUUAUUGUUUGUAAGCGCCAGCCAACCGAUCAACGCUCUAGCUUAUAUUUUCGACGGUCUCCAUUACGGCGUGUCAGACUUCUCGUACGCAGCUUGGUCUAUGAUGGCCACGGGUGCAGCAUCUUCUGUGUUUUUGCUUUACGCUCCAUCCAUUGUCGGUCUUUCGGGAGUCUGGUCUGGAUUAACUCUUUUCAUGGGCUUGCGCACAUUAGCCGGAUAUGCAAGAUUAAGCUCAAAGGAAGGUCCGUGGAAAUUUUUGCAUGGAGACACUUAUAAGUUGCAGGUUGCCAUUUGAGAUGAGAAUCAGGAAGGGACCUGUAUUGGCUUCGUUUUCGUUCCCUGAAUUUCUUCUUGGUUCCGAUGGAGUCGGACCACCGUUCACACUAUGUUUGGCUCAUGUAUAGUUUGUAUAUAGUUCUUGUACUCAGCUCAUCGUACUGGAUGAGUUCGCCACUCCUUUUGCAGCAUUUGAAACACGAGUAGUAACACCGGUAAGGCCUCUAUAUUUAUGUCUCAAUUCUCUCCC